GGUUGGACGAUCUUUGAAAAGGGGGACUCUUUGGCGUGUCCGGAGACUUUUGUAUGGUUAUUCGAGGUGAAAGUGAUAUUGAAUCAUCCACAGAACUCGCACAAAUGACCAUAAAGCAAAACUCUUUAGUGAAUUUAAAGUAGAUCAGUGGAGAAACAUUUAGUCCAGUGGUGACGGAAAAUUGUCAUUUGUGACUAUUGAGAAUUUGGUGGUAGACAAAAGUGUGAGGGUUUGUCUGAGAAAUUUGUAUCUCAUUACGGGUGUUUGCGGUUAAAGCAGUCUUUUUUUUUGGAGUGAAUUUUGAAUUCUCAAGUGCGUGGCUUCACCGCAGAAGGUGAAAGAAAUAACCCGUCUUCGAAUGUGGGAUAUCUUUACGAAAUAUACACACCGCAAAUGUUGAGACUCUAUUUGGUGGAAUUUUUCACAGAGUGAUUCACAUCACAGCACAGUGAGGGAAAAAAAUAAACACACAUAAGCAAAAUUCAGAUAAGAAAUUAGUGUAUCAAAUUCGUCGUUCUGAGAAAUUGGCAAGAGAGGAAGAGCAAAAAAAAGUAGUAUGUUGAUGUGAGUGUUGAUAUGAGGAGCGUCGGACGUCCUGAAUAGUGCACGAGAAAAUCAACUUCCACCCGCAACGAAGAGAUCUGUGGCAGCCGGAGGUGGGAAAAAACGUGGCUCACCUUGAGGUUUUUUGCCGCGCGCGCGAGAAGAGGUUUGGCGAGAAAAAAAGACACCACGAAUUUUGCAAUUGAGAGGCUGUGUGGUUUAGCGUAGAUUGCUGGGCAGAAUGAUGCUGUAGAGGAGCUGCCUGGAGGAACACAGAAGCAAGAGGGGCACCGCGCCUGGUGGCCAGGAAGUGUGUAGGCGAUUCAGACAAAGAGACAGAGAAAGAGGGACAAUUUCCCGACGUGCGGUUGGGAAACAUGAGGAGGAGUGUGGCAUUGCAACUUGAGACGGUAAUCAUCACGAUAGAAGAGAAGUAAGGAGGAACUUUUGCCAGUCAGAAGAGGCAUUUUCAGGCAUUUUGUCCACGCCAUGGAGGACUCCCACUUGAUGCUGACUGAAAUCCCGGGUGGGUUGAUCUCACACCGGCCCCGCCAUCUGUCGCGCUACACCCCAUAUCAUCUCCACCAGCCGCACCUGCAAGCCUCGCCGACGCCUCAGCUGUAUCUGCAUCCACCGCCACGAAUAGUGCAGCGCCCCAAGACGCCCAUCGCUAGUCCGCCGCCCGAGGGGACGCACAUUGGCCACCUCUAUCCGGAGAUCCUCACGAUGAUCUUCGCGAAGCUGAGUGUGCGUGAUCGCGGCCGCGUGGCUCAGGUGUGCACAGCGUGGCGUGAUGCGGCGUACUCAAAGAGUGUGUGGAAGGGUGUCGAGGCGUGUCUUCACCUGAGGCGCACGACACCCACCCUCUUCACGUCGCUAGUGCGUCGGGGCAUCCGGAAGAUUCAGGUACUAUCGCUGAGGCGAACGCUGAAGGACGUGGUGACGGGUGUGCCAAAUUUGGAGUCGCUGAACCUCAGCGGGUGCUAUAACAUCACCGAUGCCAAUCUCCAUACCUCCUUCCACACGGAGAUGGAGCACCUGAAGGUGCUGGAUUUGUCGCUGUGCAAACAGAUCACGGACACGAGUCUUGGGCGCAUUGGGACGGCGAUCAAGAAUCUGGAGGUGCUGGAAUUGGGUGGAUGCUCGAAUAUUACCAACACGGGAUUGCUGCUGAUCACGUGGUCGCUGAGGAAGCUUAAGAGGCUGAAUUUGCGAUCGUGCUGGCACAUUGCGGAUCAGGGCAUUGGGCAUCUGGCAGGACUAAGUCCGGAAACGGAGGGGAAACUGGCGCUUGAGUAUCUCGGUCUCCAGGAUUGCCAGCGCCUGACUGACGAGGCGCUGAAAUUCAUCUCACUGGGCCUGACAUCGCUCAAGAGCAUAAACUUGAGCUUCUGCGUGUCCGUGACGGACAGCGGACUCAAGUAUCUCGCAAAAAUGCCAAAGCUGGAGGAGCUGAAUCUGCGGGCGUGCGAUAACAUUAGCGAUAUUGGGAUGGCGUACCUCACGGAGGGUGGGAGCACCAUCUUCUCGCUGGACGUGAGCUUCUGUGACAAGAUUGGCGAUCAGGCGCUCAUCCACAUCUCCCAGGGUCUGUUCCACCUACGAUCGCUCAGCCUGAGUGCGAGCGGCAUCACUGACGAGGGACUGGAUCGCAUCGCAAAGUCACUCCACGAUCUCGAGACUCUCAACAUCGGCCAGUGCAACCGCAUCAGCGACAAGGGACUGAAGACACUUGCCGACAAUCUGCAGAAUCUGAAGGCGAUCGACCUGUACGGAUGCACCCGGCUGUCGGCGCAGGGUCUCGAGCUCAUCAUGAAGUUGCCGAAGCUGGAGACACUGAAUUUGGGUCUCUGGCAUGUAAGGUGAUUCGAUUGAUGUGUGUCAAGUCUGUGAUUGUAGUGAUAAUGAUUUAGGAACAAAUGUAGGACAUGAGGAAGCCACGUAACGAAUUCAAUUGACAAUGAAUGGUGUGUUGGGGAAUUUAAUCGCACGACACUGUGGAGAAGAGCAGUGAAUUCUCACUACUCAAGAAAAAAAAGAGCAGCGCAAAUGUUUAUUUUCUUUUAAUGUUAACAACUCAUAUAUUUUGUUUGCGAUUGAGAGAGGACUGUUUAAUUCUUUUCCAAUGUACAGCACGAAAAUUGGUAUGUGAUUGACACGUGAAGAGAUAUAAUGAAUGGUUUGUAGAUCAGUGUGCAGAAUUGUUUGUGGCGCUGAUCUGUACAAUCUCAAAGCUACAAUGGAUCUCAGUGACGCAUUAGAAGACGAUCGAGUUCAAUUUCUUUCUCAGUUUCUUAGAAGAUUCUCUGUAACGUCAUUUAGUCAAAACUAGUUCGGCAAAAUCCAGUGAGAAAAAGAAGAAGAUGUUGAGACGGAGAGUGAGAGCAAAGAGUAACACUGAAAUGAAAUGAAAUAGUAAAUUGAAUUGAUACUUGAGAAUCUUCAUCUUCUCUCAACGAGUGCAUUCGUUUGAUGGCAAUAGAAGAUGAUUAUUCAAUUUAAUUUUAUUAAAAUUAUGAACAAUCAAAUGACAAGGAGAUUGUGAGACUACAGGGCUCCUUAUGUGUUUGCAAAAAGACUCAAAGAGAUUUGCAAAGGCCCGAGGGGAGAGGCAACAAGAAGCUCACUUUUAUGACAAUUGUCAAUUUUUAUUUCUAUAUGAGGGGUUUCGCCUCGUUCUCCCAAAAAUUUUAUACCACUCUGUCUGUCUCAGAAGUUUGCAAAGUGCCGCUUAAAGCUGACUUCUGUUUCUUUCUUUUCCCAGUAUCUCUUGACGAAUUUCCAGUGGAGUUUCUCAUGGAAUUUAAUCGUGACAUUUUUCCACAAGUACUCAGUAAAGAAUUUCUAUGGAUUUUGGUGGAAAGUUGUGUACGUUUAAAUUGACGAAAUGGGAAGUUAAUCAAAAAUUGUUUAUUUGUUCUUAGUUUUUGAACCUUUUUUUUGUUGUUUAACUUGAAUUAUAUUUCUCCCUUUUACUGGCUGUGCAGCCCUCUUUUUACUCCGUAUUUUCACUCUUUCUGUGUGCCUCCGAUAUGAAAUUCAAAGUAGUGUGUGCUUAACUUGGAGGAAGCCUCGACAUUUCUGCUGCCAUCCCCUAAAUAUUCUCCCCUUUCGUGUGUGUAGUAGCCUUUUUUUGUCUGAGAAUUUCCACGCAUACACACAACGGCACAGGCACAGGAAGAUAUUUUCCACCAAAAGGCAGUGUGUGUGUGGGAGUGAAUUCAACAAAUACAGGGAAAGGUUUUUAGAAAAUAUACAGAGAGGGUGGCAAGACUUCUCUCACUGACUAUAUAUGGCUGACUUGGCUGCAAGGUAGAGAAAAUUCCUUAGAGACAGAGCGCGGCUGUGAAACGAAAUUUUUUAUAUUGUACUUAUUCAUUUUCCGCCCACACUCUUCAAUUCUCUCGACUUUUCCCCUUUUCCCCGUAUAAUGCAAACCCUCUCCGUGUGGCUCUUCGUCGUUGGAGAUGAUGAAAAUUAAAGGGGAAAGAUAGGAGAGAGACUUCAAUUUGCAAUAGAUAUCCAUUUCACUGGAAGAAGCUCACUCUCUGUGCCAUUAUUUUGCUGGAUUCUGCUGUACUUUUAUGUACAUUUUAUGUAUCUGUGCUAUCAGAAAACAGUGUAGAGCGAGAAGAAGAGGAGGAAAAAAAAGCUGAGAGAACGGAAACGUUUUUUUUGUGCUGUAUAUCAAAUGUGACGAAAAUAGAGGAGAACUCGUGUUGAAGGAAGAAAAAAAAACGAAUUGUAACUUUGCGACAAGAAGACAAAUGGAAAAAAGACACUGAGAGUUAGUUAAUAUAAAAAAAAAACACCCGUAAAAAAUCGCAUUGAAUUGAUUUGCUAAUUUUCUCCCAAUCAAGAACAACAGACACUUGAGCAUGAUGAGGGAAGACUGAAAGAGAUAUAGGUAAUUAGAAGUGUGAUAAAAUUUUAAUUGAUGAGACACAUUUCCAAAAAUUGAUGGUAAUUCUCUCUCAAUAACCCUCGAUUCUCCAAUUUGUGCCUCUGCGAAAGAGAGGUUGAGCCGCAGAUUUUUCAUGUGUUAUUUAGUUAAUUUUCAUCAUGUGCUAAAUACACCUCAAUGUGGGAAUUUAUUGCGCAAGAGAUCGUUUUUCUUCAGGCACACACAAAAGGAAAUUUAUAAUUAAAUUCAUUUUAAUAUAAUUCUAAACCCGCUCAAGAGAGACCAAAGAGUGAAUUGGAAAAAUACACGCGGGAAAUUUUUCAUUUAAUUUCGUUAUUUCUUGGUAUAAAUUGUAGUACAAGGACAACGGAACACACAAUUGUUGUCUGGGGCACUUUAAUAAGUUUUAUUUCACUUGCGCCCAGAUUUGUUCGCUUUUUAGUGCGAGUCUGCUGUGUAUUGGUUUGGAGCUACAGAAUGAAGAUAGAUGGAGAGAAAAAAAAAUGUAUUUAGCAAAUUAAUUCAAUGCCUUUUUAUUCUAUCUCUCAAUGUGUGUUUUUUUUUGCAUCUCAAUAAGUCCAACUUACAUUUUAAUCUCCAUCAUAAUGUUAAUAGAGUUGUGCAUAAUAGAAUGCGCAGUGCCUAGUUGUAACAUGAAAAAUGUGUAAUGUUUUAAUUUCUUUGUAUAAUUUUUUUUUAUAUUCUCAUUCUAUUUUGCAAGUUAUAUUGUGGAGAGAGAGACGGAAAUAGGAAUCAAACAAUUUUGUUGAUGAAAUAUUUGUAAUAAAAAAAUAAAUUAAAGAAAAGAGCAGACAAAUGCUAUUAGGUGUGAAAAAAUUGAGGAUUUUCUCCAAGAGGGAUACAUGAGUUAUUGAAUGGUUAAAAGCUUUAGACUUUGUUUCACUCAAAGGGAUUGUUUUUUUUUCUUUUGUAUUUCUCCUUAUUUUAAUUGGACUUGAGCACAAGUGUUGAGCAAAUGGGUGGGAAAAAAACAGGUGGAGAAAAAGUGCAAUUGAUUCUUCUUUAUUACAAUUCUCGAGGCGAUACUGAGACGUUUCUCGAAUUUGGUUUGUGUGCACUUUGAAAAACAUCUCGGAGGCAUUUUGUUGAUUUUUAUGGUGACGCUUAACAUUCCUGCAAAGUGGUUUUUAGGGCAAUAUUUUGCAUUUACUGAAGGUCAUUUAUUAUUGCAAAUGUUCGUCUCUCUGAGUGCCUCAAUGCCUGAUGUGUUGUGUGUGCAGUGUAGAGGAGUGAAGAAGAGGUAUUUGAGCGAAUGAGAGGCAGCAUUCUUGGGUGCAAAGAUGGGAAAAAUCUAACAAUUUUUCUUCUUCUGUUUUUGAGUAUAUUUUAAAAGAGAAAAAAAAUGCGAGGAUGAUGAAUGGUUUUCUUGUGUGCCUCCUUUUGGUUGUAAUUAGUUUGAGAAUUUGUGGGUGGUUUUCCAAUAUUCCGCGCGCCGGAUUUCCAAUCAAAUUUCUUGUGAACGAACAAAAGAAAUGAGUUUUGAUCGUCUUGUUUUUUUUUGGGGGAUUUGACGGAGGAAAAAGGGUCUCGGUGAGGUCGAAGGAGUGGAGUGAAUGUGAUUGCCAGCUGUGUAAAUGCGUUUUCGAGUGUGUUUUAUGGGUGGUGCAGAAGAAAUGCCGUGGAAGAAAAAGCUGAAACUUUUGCCGUUGAGUAUUUGUUGUGUCUGUUUUAUUCAUUUUUUGCUUUCUCCAUCCAUUUUUUCGUCCACUUUUUCACCAUCUUUGGUGCUAUUCUCGAUUUUUUCUCCACUACUUCUUUUAGCUGCUCACCUCCGUCCUCAUGGUGAUUUUGUGUUCCUCCGAAGAGACAGGCUGGGUUGUGGAUGUUGAGAGAAGGAAAAAAGUGUUCACAGACUACGGCGGCAUGGAUGGGAUUCUGAGAGUGUGUCUUCUUGAGUCUCCUUCUUGCCAGAUUGUUCGCAUUCUCCGGCUGGUGGAUGGCUCUUCCUUUGGCCUCUGGGAUGCUCUGGUGGAGAGCGCGAAUGCCAUGUUGAAAAUGGAUGCGACAGACGAGCGAAGAGAACAUCCAAUUGGUAUAAGAAAGAAAUAACAUUGUGGAAGAGUCUCCUUCGUCUACUGGUGAUUCUUUCUUCGCCUUCGGAAAAGGCACACACUCCGAAACUCGUGAUUAUUUUCUUGUAUGGGUUUCACAUUCCUUCCCUCCUGCAUCGUCUCACUCUCCAUCACUUUUAUCCAGCAUUAUCGACGCUGCAUUUCUUAUGUACACUGUACGUUAUAUUGAAAUAAGGCCCGUGUACAUUAUGUAUCGAAGUGUGGUGUAGAUAUAUAAAUUUCAGAGAUACGCGUAUUUUUUACUUUUCUUAUUUCUCUCUGGCUCUUUUUUCAACUCGACUGACUCAAGCGUCCGGCUCUGCUUCGAAAACACUGGCAUAUGAAUAUUGUGUGUGUGGCGUGGUGGAGAAGGAGAGGAAGACUCUGUGUGUAUGGUUGAGCAGUGUGAGAGGCGAAGAAAUGUAGAAGAAAACCAAGGACGGCGUUUCAGAAGCAAACUCUCAAAAGUCAUCUCUUCUCGCUAUGAAUAAUGCUCACCACUAAAUUGAUAAUUUAUUCAAAAAAAAAUAUAUUUUUUAUUCCCAAAAUAUCACAAUUCCUUCUACGUCUCACCCCAUUGCAAGGAGUGUCGUCUCGAGGAGAAUGCGUCGCGUUGCCGUGAGGAGAAUCAAUCUAUGGUCAAUUUUUCAUCGUUGUUUUUUUCCCUGACAACCGCCAACAUGCUCAAAACAGCCACUAAUGUCUUUAAACCUGUUGAGAGAAAAUUUCAAGUCUCGAUCUCUUCCCCAGUGUAUUUUCUCUGUCUCUCGAAUGAGGAAUAUUUAUGAAUUUAAGCGCGACGGAUGGUAAAAGGAGAGAAAAAAGUACAGAUGAGAAGGAAUAUAAAAUGACAGUAAGACACAGUUAAAAUGUGUAAAACGACAUUCAACGAAUUAAAAAUGUGUGGUGAAGAUAUGGGAGAAAAUGAAAUACAAGACAGCAAGGGAAUUACUAAGAGAGGAAUAAAUCAAGGAAAAAUAGCAAACUUUGACUAAAAACACACUUAUAUACCAUUAACAAUUUAAAAGUAUAAAACAGAAAAACAUGUGAGAUUGAAGCGAAUAAAAGAAUAACUUUUAAAGUAUCCAUGAGAAAAUAGUAAAAAAAAAAUAUGAA